CUUUCCCGACUGGUUUCGAUCUAUCUAUUAGUUGUGAUCAAUUUAUUAAACAAAACCGCAUGCUUCACCUUCAACAGCUGUUCUUGAGUCAAAUGUUUUCAAGAGGGUUGGUAGAAGCUCGAACAUUCAAAUUUCCACAGUGACUGUUGUGUCUGAAACCGAAGCUUCGGAAAUCUCGUGUUGUGAAUAAAUAAUAUCAAGGAUCUAUCAAGCGUGUCUUUCGAUUCGGAAUGGCACAAAAUAUAAAUCCAUUUUAUUCGUCUCAAAAUGCACCAAGUAAAGCAGCUGAGGAAAAACAGAAUAUACCAAAAGAUAACCACGCAGUUAGUAAACGACUACAAAAGGAACUCAUGGUUUUGAUGAUGAAUACAGAGAAAGGUGUCUCUGCCUUUCCGGAUGGUGAGAAUUUAUUCAAGUGGAUAGGAACUAUCACAGGACCAAGGGACACGGUUUACGCCGGUCUUACAUACAAAUUAACUUUAGAAUUCCCUCAUAGUUACCCUUAUAGCGCUCCUAUUGUACGUUUUGCCACUCCUUGUUUUCAUCCAAAUGUGGACACAGUGGGUAAUAUUUGUUUAGAUAUAUUAAAAGACAAAUGGAGUGCUUUGUAUGAUGUGCGUACUAUAUUAUUAUCUAUACAGUCCCUUCUUAGUGAACCUAACAACGAAAGCCCCCUUAAUCCACAAGCUGCAAAAUUAUGGAACGAUCAGACAAAGUUUAAGAAACAUUUAACGGAAGAAUAUCACAGGGCUCUGAAUCGCGAUCAGCAAGAUUCAUGAUAAGUGCAUUUUUAUAAUCGUCUUGGCUUGUUCAUUAUUUUUAUUCCUAUCAAUGUUACAAUUAGGUAUAAGAUAUAUAAAAACAAA